AGGGGUUAAGGCGUGCGCAUUCUAGUAGCCAAUGAUGGCGUCUCGUCAGUGAGAAAUAUUGCGUGCAAAGAUUGUUAUUUGUGUUUACCAUACGUAUUAUAUUUCACUGUUGUGUAUUGUUGAUGUAAUUCAGGAAAGUAAUUGGCAUUUAAAAUCCGCAAUGAGCAAGUACAUGUAUUCUACAGCAAAUUUAUCAGACAAGGAAUUAAAGGACCAAGGAAACAGAUUUUUCAGCUUGAGAAAGUAUGAAGAUGCAGUGUCGUGUUAUACAAAAGCCAUUAUUAAAAACCCCAACAUCCCAACCUACUUCACUAAUCGGGCCCUUUGUUAUCUGAAGCUGAAACGAUGGGAAGCAUCAUGUCAGGAUUGUCGGCGAGCUCUUGACAUGGAUCCUAAUCUGGUGAAAGGACACUUCUUUCUUGGCCAGGCACUCCUUGAAAUGGACAACUAUGAUGAAGCAAUAAAAUAUUUACAGAGAGCAAAUGACUUGGCUAGAGAACAGAAAUUAAACUUUGGUGAUGACAUAGCAAGUCAGCUACGAGCUGCUCGGAAGAAGAGGUGGAAUGUUCAAGAGGAGAAGAGGAUAGCACAAGAAAUUGAACUGCAGUCUUACUUAAAUAGAUUAUUACGUGAAGACGCAGAAAGGCAAGUUGAAAAACUGCGAUAUGAAAAUAGCGCCAAUGAAGAUCAAAUACAGGACAAGAUAACAGAAGUGGAGCAGCAAAGUGAAAACAUCACAAGUGAAUUGAACUCAAUAUUUGCAAAAGUCGACGACAGACGAAGAAAACGUGACGUUCCAGAUUAUUUAUGUGGGAAAAUAAGUUUUGAGAUCCUUUGUGAACCCGUCAUCACGCCCAGUGGUAUCACGUAUGAAAGAAAGGACAUCGAAGAGCAUCUGCAGAGGGUGGGACAUUUUGAUCCUGUAACAAGAGUGAAGUUAACGCAAGACCAGCUUAUUCCAAACUUUGCGAUGAAGGAAGUGGUCGAUGCGUUUCUGCAGGACAAUGAGUGGGCUUUGGAUUACUGACACGCCAUGAGAAAAUAUGUUAUUCGUUAUCCUUCCAGCCAUGUGGAAAGCUACAGAGUGCAAAUAUUUACAUAAAUAGCCUAUGCAGGACAUCGUAGUUUUGGUUUUGAUUGCAAAAUAUGUGGCUCAUGCCCUGAUGAUAAUAUUGUAGCACAAAAAUGUGAAACUAGGCUAUAAAAUUAAUAAAAUACCAGACCACAGCGUAUAGUGUAAAUAACAACUUGGUGUCGAACCCUCCGCCGCGUAUGUCGGAACUCGAGCGCUGCCCAUCGUACUCCUACUUCGGGAUGGGAGUCACUAGGGCGUUAUUCUGUCCUUGUCUUUGUAACUUUUGUUUUGUGGGAGUAUUUAAUUGGGGAAAUUUUGAGAUUAUUACUUUGGAUUCUGUUCAGGAUAUCAAGUAAAAUCUUUAUAUAACAGUUUAGUUUUUCGAUAACGUGUGGUCAGUAUCAAAAAGUGUAGCUGGUAGGCAACAGAAGUGGUUUAGAGUAUUUGAAACUACAUAAAGGAAAGUAUAAGUCGGAUUAUAAUAUUGCUCGGUCAACUAGAGAAGCUACUAGUGUAUUUAUCUCAUCUGUAAAAAGAAUCUUGAAGGAUGGAAAGAGAUUUUCUUCUCAAAAUCCUGCAUUUCCAUCGCCAAAAAAGAAAUCUCUCGGAAAGAAACGAAUAGAAUUUUGCAGCGGUUGGCUGUCUUCUGUAUUGUAGCUCCGUAUAGUCUUGUAGCGUUUCAGAGGCCCUUGCUGCCCCCAUCAUCAGGGUGAUCAUUAAGCUCUGCGCAUGGAAUUGGUUUGGAAAUUGACGGUUUUCGCAUACCCUCGGCCUGACAAGUGGGGAGUGGCGUCACGAUCAGGUAGGGGCCUGGGAACCAAUAGGAACUGCAACCUGACAAGCAGGAGGCGUAAGGACUUGACAGAAGGAUCUGAGAAAGCAGCCCUCGUGGUCCAGUAGAUGAUCACUGGACAUACGUUAGGUGGAUGGAUGUGAUGAAAAUACGGUGAAAAUACGGACGUGCCGAGGGCUGGGUUGUAUCCUCAGAAUGACUAGCGACAGUAGCCCAGUUGGAACUGGCGCUGCUGUAUUAUUAGAUGCUUCCUAUGUCCAUGACCAGCUCAGGCGAAGGCCGUCCUCUGUUCGUGUUUGGAUUUAGCUUGAUCUUGGUUGACUUCCUGAUCGUCCAGUGCACACAUCUGGAUUUGGCGGACAGGAUUGCGAUGUCCUGGAGUUGAAUGCCGUGGCCCAAGUUGAUGCUGUGUUCGGCCAUGGCGGAUUUGUCUGGAUGCUGCAACUGGAUGUAGCGCCGGUGCUCCUCGACUCUGGUCUCGAUAGAAUGGCCGAACUGCCCAAUGUAGACUUUACCACACUUGCAAGGCACGAUGUAUACACCAGGAGUCUACAGAGUCCCAGGUCAUCCUUCACAGGCCAAAGGAACACUCGACUUGUGCUGCUUGAGAGGGGACGGUGUCGAUCAGCUAUCGCUCCCACCUUCUGUCACUCUUCAGAAGUUCUGCACUGAGUUGCUGCACUAUGAUAUAAAUCUGUAAACUACUCGGAAGUAUUUUAUGUUUUUACGGUGGUGAGUUCAAAGACGGCUGCCUUCUGGUUUGUAGCGCCUCCAUCAUCAGAGCAAUGUUGGUAAACAUGGAACGACAACCCAGAAGACCUCUGUACAUUAUUCAACCACCAUUUUAUGUUACUCAAAAGAGUUUUGCAAAUUGUACCUCGCUGAUUGGCGUCAUUGACAGGGAAAUUUGAGUCUGUUAAAGCAGUAAAAAUCUUUGCAUAUGCCAAUAAGUGGUCAUUCUUCAGCGUAACAGUUUGUUUUCAUGAAAUUGCUUGAAUAUAAAACUUACGAAAAAAAACACAACUUAUAUCAUUAACCCCCUAAAGACAAGCCCAGAUUAAAAGAAAUUAAGUUUUUAACUAAAAUGUGUUCAGAGAAUGUAUAAGAGGUUUUAUUUUUUCCCCUUCUAGACAUUCCAUUUGUGAGGUACAUUUUGAUUCUUCUUAAAGAUGUCUUAAACCUUUUCCUUAUAUAAUUAUCAAUAUUAUUGAGAGAAUGAUUUCUCGGUGGAAACUUUUAUUUGAGAUGUUGAGUGUGCUCUUGUGACUAGAUAACCGUAUAUCUCAAUCAGUUUGUGGAGUGUUUAUAAUUUUGAAAAAAUUGUCGUAUGAAGAGCUGUGGUCGAUUGAGUCCCUACCAUUUUUUAAUAUUUAAUUGGCAGAUUCAGUUUCGUUUCAUCUGUUCGUGUAAUUUUAACAUUACGACAGAUUUAAGAUGAGGGUGCAUUUGCAUAUACAAGCCUAUAUAAUUGUAUGUGCAUUUCCUUUUUGUUUUGUAUGUUUAUAAAUGGGCCCGUCUCUCGGCUUAUACUCUGUAAUGCGACACUUAAUUUAGUGAUAUCUAUGAUUAUCAUGUACAGAUCACAAAGAAAUUAAUUUGUAUAGAUGUUUUUGUUUCUUGUAUUGGUAGAUCUGGAUUUUUAUCUUAAAAUGGUUGUAAAUACGUGAAAGUGGUUUUUAUAAUAAAAAAAUUUCAAAAUGUUACACGAUACAAGAAAAUUUUCAUGUAUCAAAACCUCUUUAUAACAAAGCAAAUUAUGGAUCUCAGGGACUUAUAUUUAAGCCCAUUUCUAUAGGCUGAAAUCUAUAUAGCGUGUUGACGAAUUAAAGCUGUCCCUGCGCUUAAGCACCACGCCGUCGGGAAAUAUGUAUCUGUGUAACAAAUUCCAAAAGGCUGGUUUUGAAUUUCAUUACAUGGAAAUUUCAUUGUAUUUUCCUAUCCCCUCCUUCAAAACCUUUACGUCGCAUUUACAGUAAAAGUUGUAUUAGGUACCGAAACUCGACGCAGCUCAGAGACGAAGCAGUCGCACACGUGAGGUUACCUUGACCUCGCUGUGCCCAGGAGUCAGGUACAUACUUAGUAUAUAAGGAGUUAAAAUGACUUCAUCCAAGACCAAAGCAAGGGAUGAAAAGGCCAUAUUAUUAACUGCAUUAUACUUUGUUUUCUAUAAAUUUAUAUGUUCACAGUGUUAUGAAUAUAUCAUUUAUAAAUAAAUCCCACAAUGGUGCAACAAA